GAUCCUGAGGCCCCACGCCUGCAGUCCGGGAAGCCUUCCUACUCCGUCUGGAGGGACACGUGUUGAGCAACUAGGAUGCCACCCAAAAAGGCAGACGAUGGACCAAAACAGCACCCUAUCAUUGGAAGGUUUGGGACCUCUUUGAAGAUUGGAAUUGUUGGACUGCCAAAUAUAGGGAAAUCGACUUUCUUUAAUGUGUUGACAAAGAGCCAGGCAGCAGCAGAAAACUUUCCAUUCUGUACCAUUAAUCCAAACGAGAGCAGAGUACCUGUUCCAGAUGAGAGAUUUGAAUUCCUGUGUCAGUACCACAAACCCGCAAGCAAAGUUCCAGCCUUUCUGAAUGUGGUGGAUAUAGCAGGCCUCGUGAAAGGAGCAAGUACAGGACAAGGCUUAGGCAAUGCAUUCUUGUCAAACAUUAGCGCGUGUGAUGGAAUUUUUCACCUGAUGCGUGCUUUUGAUGAUGAUGAUAUCAUCCACGUUGAAGGAAGCGUCAACCCUGUACGUGACAUUGAGAUCAUACACGAAGAACUGCGGCUGAAGGAUGAAGAAAUGAUCAUUGCUGCUCUUGAUAAGCUUGAGAAAGUGGCAGUAAGAGGCGGUGACAAAAAGUUAAAACCAGAAUAUGACAUAAUGUGCAAAGUCAAAAACUGGAUAAUAGAUGAAAAGAAUCAUGUGCGCUUUUACCAUGACUGGAACGACAAGGAGAUUGACGUAUUAAAUAAAUACUUAUUCCUGACAUCCAAGCCGAUGAUCUAUUUAGUUAAUCUAUCAGAAAAAGAUUACAUCCGCAAGAAAAACAAAUGGUUGAUAAAAAUUAAGGAGUGGGUGGACAAGUAUGACCCAUGUGCCUUGGUCAUUCCUUUUAGUGGGGUCUUGGAGCUCAACCUGCAAGACAUGAGUGAUGAGGAAAAGCACAAGUAUCUGCAAGAGAAAGUGACACAAAGUGUCUUAUCCAAGAUUGUUAAAACCGGAUAUGCGGCACUCCAACUCGAAUACUUCUUCACAGCCGGCCCCGAUGAAGUACGUGCCUGGACCAUCAAGAAAGGGACGAAGGCUCCUCAGGCUGCAGGCAAGAUCCACACAGAUUUUGAGAAGGGUUUCAUUAUGGCGGAAGUAAUGAAAUUUGAUGAUUUUAAAGAAGAAGGCUCAGAGUCAUCUGUCAAGGCUGCAGGAAAAUACCGACAACAAGGCAGGAAUUACACAGUAGAAGACGGAGACAUUAUCUUCUUUAAGUUUAAUACACCUCAGCAAUCCAAAAAGAAAUAAUUUUUAAUUUUGAAGCAGAAGUGGGAGAUAAAAAAAAAAACUCUACUUCAUUGGUAAAAUUUACAUUUUGUUUUUUAUUUUAAUUUAGACAGAAUGCAAAAAAUAACAAGACAGUGAAAUCCCCCCCCUCCCCCCCAAGGAAAACCAAAUGUUUAUAUUCCAACUGGAAUAUGUCACCUCCUGCAAAGCAAUAGCAGCCCAGUCAAUGUGCUUUUCAGAUGAUUAAGACCCUUCUGCAAAGCACAGAAGCCUCUCUGCAACCACCCAAGUCUCAUGAUAGUUCAUUAAUCUCCAUCAUGUAUGCCAAGGCUGACACAUCUGACAGAAAGGACAAUGUGCGGCGCUCCGUUCGGAAUCUACAGAUAAUGCAUGUUUUACAGUACUCCAGAUGUCGACACUCAAUAAAACAUUUGACAAAA